CUAACUUAGUUUAUAGGUCUCUGCACUUAACUCUUGCAAGUUGCUCCAUUAUUUUGUUCUACAGUCUUAGACACGGACUAAGAUUUAUCUUAGUCCGUGGUCUUAGAUAAUAAUGAUUUAUAAAUCCACCAUGAUGAGUUGCAUGGGUUGGUGACAACAAUAAUAUUAUGAUAGAAUAACCAUGAUAGUGUUAUCAGCGCUUAUGAAAUAUUGUCACUUGAAGAUUUAAAAACAAAUAUGAUACCUAUAGAGGUAAGUGAAAUGUGAAUGAGACUUAGGCAGACGUGAAAUCUACGAAACUACGGUUUUUACUUGGUAUUGUUGUCCGUCAUGAUCACGAACAAUGACUGACAAAUAUAUUUGGUCAGUAGUAGCAUGUAUUUUGGUGUCAAGCCUUUGUUCUCAUGCGGCAAUGAAUGCAAAUAUGUCAAGAAAUGACGGCGGAGGAUUUAAAAACGAUUCAUUGCUGGAAAACGACCCAGAGUUGAAUUAUGUUCCUUCUGGGCCGCUGGUCAUGUGCUCUUUCUUGCCAAUAGAGUUCAUUGAAUGUGAGGACCUAGUUGACUUAAAAGGAAACAAGACAAGAGAUGAUACCAUGACGGGCGGUUGUUCUAAGUAUGGAGGUAGUUAUAGAUAUGAAGAUGUAGAGAAAACAACAGUUCAAUGCAUGGUUUUACCUGGUAUAGAAUGUCAUGGUAAUAGAAAAUUCAACAAGAAAGGAUUUCCUUGUGUGAAGUAUGGUGGCUAUUAUUUCCUAACAACUCUUUUGUAUUCAAUUUUACUGGGAUUCCUUGGUAUGGACAGAUUUUGUCUGGGACAAACUGGAACAGCUGUUGGAAAACUAUUGACACUUGGAGGUGGAGGAGUCUGGUGGAUACUGGAUGUCAUAUUGUUGGUCACUAAUCAACUUUUGCCUGAAGAUGGCAGUAAUUGGAAUAUUUAUGUUUAAUUAAAAAAACUGUUUAUUUUUGUAACCUUCAUAAAAUAAAACAACUACUAAUUGUACAAAACA